GUCAGGGUGAGAGGCUUGACAGCGGUGUGUGUGUGAGAGUGUGUGUGAUGAGCGCAGAGCAGCAGCAGCAGCACAUCGACACACACACACACACGCACACCUGGGGGACACACGGAUUAAAACUCUGGAGGAUUUUUUCUCUGUCACUACUAACUUGCGCGAGUGACGAAGAGGCGGCGGUCCGGACCGGAGUCCACCUCACUUGACUCCCGGACCCCACCAUCUCACAGGAGCAGCGCAUCCACCCGCAUCCACCAUGAGAUCCAUCCCAACCAGCUAUCUGCUCCUCCACCUGUGCGCGUUCUGCUACUACGCUCAGGUAACCAAUCAGUCCCCGCCUAAUUUCACGCAGCAUGUAAGCCAGCAGAGCAAAGUGACGGACCGUGUGAGUCGCAGGCUGAUCCGGAUCUACCAGCUCUACAGCCGAACCAGCGGCAAGCACGUCCAGGUUCUGCCCAGCAAGAAGAUCAACGCCAUGGCCGACGACGGCGACGUGCACGCUAAACUCAUCGUAGAAACCGACACGUUCGGAAGUCGCGUGCGCAUCAAGGGAGCAGAGACGGGCCUCUACAUCUGCAUGAACAAGAGGGGGAAGCUCAUUGGCAAGAAAAAUGGACAAGGUCGCGACUGUAUCUUCACGGAGAUUGUGCUGGAGAACAACUACACAGCCCUGAGGAACGCCCGCUAUGAGAGCUGGUAUAUGGCCUUCACCCGCCGCGGGCGACCCAGGAAGGGCUCCAGGACACGGCAGCACCAGCGUGAAGUCCACUUCAUGAAGAGGCUGCCUAAAGGCCAGCAGCCGGCCCACCCCAGCCACCAUCGGCCCUUCGACUUCAUCCACUACCCGUUCAGCCAAAGGACUAAACGUACGCACUCGUCGGAAGACUGAGGGGGCACAAGGACUGAGAAAAGAGACGCCCCUCUUCUGCAUCCAGGACAGUUUUGUACGGAGUCUGCUGUAGCUCCAUGUGUAGUUGAUUUCUAUUUUCUUAAAGAUGUAAAUAGACCAGAACACCAGAAAUCUAUUUUUGUAUUCAAGAGUGUAGUACUGAUCCGUGUGGCAAGAAUCUAGAGGCACGUGACUCAUUGGACAGUUAGUUGAGUGAACCACCACCGUUUUGAUGUGAAUUUAUCAGUCAUCUCUGGACUCCGGCCUGCCAACCGACUGCACUGUAUUAGACACACUGGCCCGUCGGGCUGAAGAGGCCAGGGGCUUGGUCAGACUCAGCAGAGUCGGGCCCCUCACUGUCGCCGCUCCAGGACCUCACAGCUGUCGACGUCAGACGAAACUUUGUGGCAGCUAAUCCCAGUCUGCUGAGCGCACGUCAACUUCUUGUUGCCCUUUUUAUGUCUGUUUUUAAACAUAUAAAUAUAUUUUUAUUCGAGGAUGUAAAAUAUU